UGUGUGUCCCUCUCCCAUUGGACUACUACUAGAACGCUCUUUCCCUGUGUUCCUAAUUCUUGUACCCCACAAGUCUCUCUCUCUCACUUCUGUAGCGACUUGACCACGUAGCGGCCACCGCUAGAGUUUAAUAUAUUUUCAACCAUGGAACAGAAGUUGUUAUUCUUGACGGUUGUGUUGAGUCUGGUAGUCGUAAGUUUGCCCGGUUUGGACGCGGCGACGAAGAUCAAGAAGAACAAGGAAGAAAAGGUACCGGACAUUCUGACGGUCACGAAGAAGGCGUGGAUGGAUGUGGAGAUUGAUGACGAGCCGGUGGGCCGGAUUGUGAUCGGGCUGUUCGGAGAUAUCGUCCCCGCCACGGUCAUGAACUUCGCCGCUCUCAUGAAGGGCACGUGGAAGGGAGAUACGAGUUUCAGCUACAAGGGCUCCAUCUUCCACCGUGUCGUCAAAGAUCACGUGAUUCAAGGAGGUGACAUCACAAACUGGGACGGAACGGGAGGAAAGAGCAUCUACGGCGAGGUUUUUCCCGAUGAGAACUUCCUGUUGAGUCACAAGGGUGCUGGUUGGGUGUCCAUGGCCAAUCACGGGCCGGAUACUAACCAGUCUCAGUUCUUCAUCACACUACAGACGGCAAGGUUUCUGGAUAAACGCUAUGUGGUGUUCGGAAAGGUUUUGCAAGGACUGUCUGUGGUGAAGAAGAUUGCGGAAGUGAAGGUGGAUGCCUGGGACAGACCGAAGAAGCUGAUCCGGGUCACGAGCUGCGGCGUGGAGAUCGUCAGCCCCUACGGCUACAGGGACUCCGAGAGCAGGGCAGAGCUGUGACGCAAGGCGGCGCUGCUGCACCGUGCGGCGAGCUAGAACAGUAGUCCACUGUAGUCGAUCGUGUUUUCUCAUUUCCUUCAAAGUCACCAGCGUUGUGGUCUCUUCUAGGCACAUUUUUCUAUCAAAACUAUCAGUGUAUGCAUUUCUGAGGGUUAAUUAGUUGAAACAAUUCUUAAUUUUGAAGCUUGCUACUUUCUAGUGGAGGUAAUUAACUAGUGUUGCAUUGACAUUAUUCACAUUUUUACCAACACAAACAUACAUUGUAUUGACACCUACAACACACGUACACUGAGACAGGCUCAUUUAAAACUUGGAAUAUGACAUGGAAAAGGGGAUAAUUUACACAGUUUUUACAGCCAUCAUUGACAGUAAAUUUGCAUUAGUUGACAUUACAGCGAAUAAAUGUACACAUAUUCACACAUGCAUACGCCUAUUGCACUCACUAUUAUACACUCUUUACCAACACGCACCAAACCCGAUGUGCUGCUAACGUAUGCACUCAUGCACGCACAAACAUACACACACGCACAUAGACACACAGGCACACACGAAAACUCGUCCAUCAUGCACACACA